AUGUGUUACAUCACUGUCAGUCACGCAGUUCAGCAGGAACCGGCAGAAAGCAGCUUCACUUCAGCGUGUGGAAAACUACCAAAAAAGCCAAGAUGACAACCGUUGAAUACGAAGACAAUGAAUCCAAGUUCUUAAGGAAAGUGAAAGAGAAUCCAUUUGUCCCUGCAGGGAUGGCUGGGUUCUUUGCCAUAGUGGCAUACAGGCUGUACAAACUAAAGACUAGAGGCAAUAUCAAGAUGUCAGUCCACCUAAUUCACAUGCGUGUUGCUGCUCAGGGGUUUGUGGUGGGAGCAAUGACUUUAGGAGUGGUCUAUUCCAUGUACAAAGACUACAUCCUUAAGCCUGCUGAGGCACAGAAAGCAUUGGAGCAGAAGGCAUUGGAAAAAAAGUGAACAGAAGAAGUGUGUUACAACCUGAUAUGCCCUUAAUACCACCUCAUAUUAAGGUGUUCCUCUGUAUUUAUUUCUCAAAUUUAGGACCUGUUUUUUUAAGAAUGUGUUAACUCUCUUUUUUUUGUUUUUUUAACUAUUAGUAAAUCUCGGAAAACGAUGUUAGCACGUACAUUAUGUUGCCUGAUGUCUUAGUGGACAACAGUUUAUUCUUUUAAAUCAAACAUUGUAUGUGAUGGAAUAGUGAAUAUCAGCUAUUUCACAUACUCAGAGGAGAAAUGAUGGUAAACCGAACAUGAUGGUGUGAAAUGGUUAUUGUUUUGGCUUUUGAAAGUAUUUGGUUUGGUUUGGUUUGGUUUGUUUUAUUUUAUGCUCCUUGUUGUUGGUUGCCCUUGUUAAAUUUUUGUAUUUUUAAGAACACACAUUGAAAAUCCCACAUGACCGGGAAUAAUGAGAACUUUACAACACACAUAUCAUUUUUAUUCGGGAUCUCACUUUUGCUCAAUUAUUAACCGUACUAGUUCUUUGCUGAUGUAGUGCUGUUUUCACAAACAGGAUAAUAGAGACUUAAUUCAACCUUCAUAUUUUCUAAAGUAUUCUUUAACAACAUGUGUGUGUGAGAGAGAUUUGUCAGGGAGUGAAGGGUUUUAUUUGUGGAUUGAUUAAUUUUGCUGUCAUAAGACAAAUGUUGUGCACCUUAUGCUUCAUAUUUCAAAUCAAAUUAUUGCAUAUUUUAUAGUGUCUAUUUUUGAAGAUCUCUGCUACAAUCUGUUUAUCUUUGCCAGUACUAUAGGAAUAGUAUUUCGAAUAAACCAAGCCAGUUUAUUUCACUUAUUUUUUUUUAUUUUUAUUAUUUAUUUCCUGUGGAGUGCUGCUUUUGUCUACAAAAAAUGAAAUAUUUACUAUAUUAAAGCUGUGGAAAUAUGUAGUUUUCAAAUCUUAUCGACCAAUCAAUUCUGAUUGAUUGCUUUUGACCAAUCAGAAUCGAGUAUUCCAGAGACCCAUAUAAUAAUCAAUGGUAGGCUAUAUGCUUCUGUUUAAAUCAGCAGUCUGCAUUGUCAAAUGAUUUAAAACAAUUAAUGUGAAAAGCAGAAUUCCUGGUAAAGAACUACACUACCCAUAAUCCUGAAGGGCAAUGAUCCACCAAUUAGAGCAUCACAGCGAACAAGCUUGGCAGCGAUCACCCACCUCCCUGACAUUCUGUGAAUGACGCAAUUGAGUCGGUUUCCUUACACUUUCAUACUUCUUUUAUAUUUGCAAAUCUCUGAAUAUUUUGCAAUAAAAUUAAGAUAUAUUG